AUGAAAUCGCAGGCGGUCUCUCAGAAGUUAGAACGUAGCAGAAGCCUCUGCUUCGGAAAUCUCGAACAUGGGGUGUUUGGCCAACGUUUUCCGCAUGGCGGGAAGUGGAAAUUAUCGAGAGUUUUCGCCGAUUGCCUCACCAGUUGCGCGGCCCCCCGUUUUCGCCCACAGACUGGCGCAAGCAAGCCACGAACGACAGUGCCAGAUCAGGAGGCCCGCUCUCGGUCAUGGAGCGAAAUAAGUGGCUCUCGAGAGUCGAAGGACUCACUUACAGUCUUGCACAGCAUCUUCUGUCGCCCCACGAUCAAGGGUUGUGGGUUCCUGGCGUCGUGUUCUAGUCGGCAGCGUGACUAUUCACAACGCCAUCGCCCGUAG